AUGAUUAUCGCCCAAUGUGUAGUAUGUCAAGAGUUGCUCGAGAGUGUUUCCGAAAAACAUCUCUCAGCUCUUCCUUGUGGCCACAUUUUCCACGGUCCCUGCAUUGAAACAUGGUUUAAACGAGCAUCUACAUGUCCUCAAUGCAGAGUCUCCGUUCGGAGGACACAGGUUAUUAAGAAGCUUUUCUUUUCCUCUGUUGAUCGAGCAUCUACAUCUAUUUUACUGCCCGAAAUAGUGGCCUCAAUGCCGUCGUGUGGUGAUGACAUCAAUACCGGGGAUUCAGCCUUUCUUGCGAUGGCGUUGAACCGGGCUAAAUGUGAAAUUAAGCGGCUAGCUAACGAGACCUCCACUCUCCAAACACUUGUAAAGUCGACUGAAAAGAAACUCGCUGACCGCGAAACAGAAUUGGAGGCUAUCUCUUCACUGUAUAAGGAAACUGACCGUCUUUACUCUGAGGAACGACAAAAGUGCAAGCAGGCGAAACUAGAACUGUCUAGCUACCGAACUAUUUUGCAAGAAGCCGAGUCUAUUAAAGCAGAGGGCCUGAAACUUCGUCAGCAAGUUGUAGAAAUGAAGGAUAUUCAAACCCUUAUCGGAUUGACCCGGUGGUUAGAGGAAUUGGCUGGUCUUGGUGGUCAUUUUGCGUUUCUGCUUUCCACAGCUUCUGAAAAAGCCGCGUUCGAUCUUUUAAAUAGUUAUAUGGGCCACGGCAGUGAAGGUUCCUCUGACAGUUCCUCACCCAUUGCCACCAUUUGCCGUUGGGCCUCAAUCCUCCGGACUGAACUAUCAUCAGCUCGCAAUCGGGCACGAAAGUACCGUACCGAUGCCAAUAGAUUUCAACGUGCUCAGUCGGAAGCCGCAAAACGUGUCCUCGAAGCAGAAGCCAAGGCAGCCGAGUAUAAGGGGCGAGUGAGCCAACUCCAAGCGGAAAUGGCAGCCCUCGUGAGUUCAGCUACACUCAACGCACAAGCACCAUCCAAUCCCACUACUCCCUCCACCGUAUCAGUUGCCAACGCCGCAGCGCCCUUGCCGUCUACGAGUGCUGAACCCAGCACUCCUGCAAAUGAAAAUAAUCUCGGCUUACAAACUUGCUUGCGCUACAUAGAUUUGUCCACUCCUGAGAUCGCUUCAAUUACUCAAGAUGAUACCGGUGACGUUGGGAAUAAAACGUUCAAGGCAAGUAAGACCACGAUUACUAAAGGUUUUGUGUUUGAUGUCCGCGAAGCCCUCGACACUUACGUUUGUGAUAUCAAGCAACAACUUAGCGAUUUCGAGUCAUAUCCUCCUCAUCGCGCGUGCCUACAACAAUGUCAUGCUAUACACUCACCAAGGACACAAAAUAUGGGAAUAUUGGCUAAUCCUACAUAA